AUGUCUUCGACUGCGAAUACGGGGGGAGAUGCGGGCGAUCUCGCGUAUUAUCAAGAGCAGCUGUCGCAGGUGAAGAGUCUGCUGGAUCAGGACCCUGAAAAUGCCGAGAUUAAAGAGAUAUAUGAACAGCUUAAGGACACAGUGAACAUUUUGGAGGAGAGUGAGAAGCAGAAAGAAACCGUGUUGGCGAUGGGUGCUGAGAUUGAGAAGGAGAGGUUGGCUGCAGCCGCGGCCUUGGAGGCUGAGAAGAACAAGGCGGCGGCUGAGGGCCCCCCGGCAGUGGGGACUGUGGGGCAAGCUGCGGCGAGGAGCCAUCUAGUGGGGCGCACCUGUGAGGUCUUUUAUGAGAACAAAUGGUUCAACGCUGAGAUAACUGGUGUUCGAAUUGACGAGUUGGGCACUGAACGGUGCGCGGUCCGGUUCAUUGGCUUUGAUCAACGUCGAGAAUACAAAGUUCAAGAUGUGGCUCUGCUGAAGCCCCCACGACCGCAGGAGGCCCCUGUGGGGUCUGUCAUACAAGCGAUAUGGGCUCAGGAUGGCCUUUGGUACCAGUGUACGGUUUUGGAGCAUACAGUGAAGGGAUAUAAGGUUUUGUUCGAGGACGAUCCUGGACAGUCUCCUGAGGAGGUCAAUAUUGAUCAAAUUCGGCUCAUCGCGAGAGAGGCCCAGGCCAAGAAGGCUGCUGUUGGAGAGAAGGAGUAUAUUACUCCGGCUGGUUAUCGCAUUCCUGAGAAGUAUAAGGUGGAUCCUAAGGUCGACUCUGAGGCAUCGAUUGAUGCAAAACGAAGGAAGAUCCAUCAGUUGAAGACUCAACAGAGGGAAGAGAUGAAGGACAAGGAAUCGAAGCAGUCGCAGAUGUCGUGGCAGAAGUUUGCGAAGAAGCAGUCACAUCGGGCGCAUAAGCACAAUUAUAUACAGACUUCUAACGUUCGUACGGAGACGGAGAGUAGUUCGACACCUUCGCAAGGUGACAGAAUUCGAGCUGAGGUUGCGGGCAACCGGAGCAACUUUGAUGUCGAUUUGAUGCCUAUUGAGGAUCUCGCGGCGUGUGCGAGCAUCGAGACAUUGCAGAAGUGGAAUUCCGUUAUUAAUUAUGAGCUUUCGGCCCGGGCAGAAGCUCUCGCUAAGGAGCGCCAAGAGACUGAAGAGUGCAUCAAGGCGACGCAGGAGAUGACUGACGAGGGAAAGGAGGCGACAGUAGGGGAGGACGACGAAGGAGGAGGGGGAGGAGCACCAUGUGCAGGAGUGCAACUGCAGAAAUGGGACUUCUCGCUUCAAUACUGUCUACUGGGUGCUAGUGGUGUCGGCAAGACAGCUCUGUUCGAGAGGAUGGUGGAAGACUCUUUCCAUAGUGAUUAUCGUCCAACGACGGCCAUUAGUAGCGGGAAAGUCCUGCUUGAUAUACAACAGUCGAGACUCCAGCUGUGCAUCUUUGAUACCUACUAUUCCCAGUUCGCAUAUACCUACGCUAAUGUGUCUGCAGUGGUUCUACUCGUGUAUGACGUCACUGAUCGCAGAUCGUUCGAGAGUCUGCUCGAGUUUAUUGAUCGUGCAAAGUCGCAAACAUCCCAGUCUGACGAGGCCACGAGGACUUGGCGAAACUCUGCGACUUCCAUUGUACUUGUCGCUAACAAAUGCGAUAUGAAUCCAGAGACGUGGCAAGUUAGCUCAGAGGAAGGCCGCAAAUUUGGUAUGGCCAAUAGGUUUUUGUAUGUCGAGGUAUCGGCGAAAACGGGAAGCGGCGUGGAGGAUAUGUUCAUCAACUGCAGCCGACAAGUGAUGCUCAUAAUGCAAAUGGGAGGUCAAUUCCUGAGUAACAUGUCGGCAAGUAUUGUCGGUGUCAAGGCUGCUAGUUCGCACAGUAAUGACUCGAACGACAUAAUGCUAGUGUCUUCGCGAGGAGCGAACCUCCUCAGGGAUCCAGUUCUUAAUAAAGGAACCCAGUUCAGUGAAAUUGAGCGUGAUGAGCUGUCACUGCGUGGUCUGAUUCCGGUUCGUCAGUGCACCAUCGAGAUGCAGAUGUCACGGAAUAUGGAGCGAUUACGCAUGAGGGACACCGACCUUUCUCGGUUUCUGGAUCUACAAGCUAUAUUCGACCGCAACGAGACCCUGUACUACCGGCUGUUGGUCGAUAAUUUGGAGGAGCUCCAUCGGAUUGUUUUUAUUCCCACUGUUGGUGAUGUGUGCAAACAGUUCGGUAGUGUCUGGCGUUUCCCUAGAGGCCUGUAUUUCACUUACAGCGAUAAGGGCCAUUUUCAGGAAGUUGUUUAUAACUGUCCCAACGAGGACGUCGACCUUGUGGUCGUCACCGAUGGUAGUCGUAUUUUGAGUCUUGGCGACCUCGGCGCUAACGGCAUGGGUGUUUCUGUCGGGAAAAUAUCGCUGUACGUUGCGUGCGCCGGCCUGAACCCCGGUCGAGUCCUGCCGUGCAUCCUCGAUAUUGGUACUGACAACGAGGAUCUCCUCAAUGAUCCGCGGUACAUUGGAGAACAUACUAGGAGAUUGAAGGGCAACGAUUACUUUGCUAUGGUCGACGAGUUUGUGUCCGCGGUGCUCACACGGUGGCCAAACGCGGUUAUUCAAUGGGAAGAUUUCAGCUACCCUAAUGCCUUCAUGAUACUGGAUAAUUAUAGCAACUCAAUACGCACAUUCAACGAUGAUGUCCAAGGAACGGCUGGUGUGGUGCUCGCAGCUAUCUUAGCGGGUCUGAAGACACGAGCAUAUCUCCAGUCCAAGAAGAGCAAUGCAAAUCAGCCUAGGCUCACGAAGAAGCGUUACUCACUGGACGGUCAGCGCUUCGUCUUUGCUGGUGCUGGUGGCGCAGCUGUUGGUAUCGUACGGCUGAUCUGCGAGGCAUUGGUACAGGAAGGCGUACCAUUUGAGGAAGCGAAGUCUCGAAUUUGGCUGAUAGACUCCAAGGGUCUGGUCAGUACGGAUCGCCAGACGAGUAUGAAAUUGCGAAGGGCAGAGCAAACACUUUCUUUCAGGGUAUCAGCCCAGAGCGGAUUGUUUUCCUCUGAAGUUCUUCAAGCGAUGAAUGCCAACUGCGAGUACCCCAUCGUGUUCAGUCUGUCCAACCCGACCAAUUGCUGUGAGUGCACUGCUGAGGAGGCCUAUAGGGCCACUGACGGCAAGUGCUUGUUCGCCUCUGGAAGCCCCAUGCCGGCCUAUCACGUGCCCACGCAGAACUCCUACAAGCUGAGCUCGCGUGUGUUCCCCGAAACUGAUGAGCAUUUCAUUCCGGCGCAAGCUAGCAACAUGUACGUGUUCCCUGGCAUCGGCUUGGCAGCGUCAACAGGGAAUCUCGCUACUAUACCGAACCAGCUCUUUUACAUCGCUGCAAGAACGAUCGCGUCGAUGGUCACAGUGGAGGAGAUGAAGACGAGGACGCUUCUGCCGCCUAUGUCAAAGCUGAGGGAGACUGCCUGUAAAGUGGCCGCCCAAUGCAUCAUAUACGGGUCCAAGAAGGGGUUGACGAGAAUCCAAACGCCUUUGGAUGCUGAAGUGUUUGUCAAGUCCAAGAUGUGGUAUCCCGAAUACAAGCAUUAUCUUCCGACAGCACCAGUGCAUGCUCAUCAUGAGAUAUUACCAUCUAGUGGGACUGCCUUCACCGACUCCUCCAAUUUAGCGCACCGAGCAUCUUCUCAUCGCCAGAGGAUCCAUAGGAUGCCUCAGAAGGCUGCCGAGGCGACCAUUCCUGCCUGGGAGAGUACCGCGCAAACAGCCAGAAUGUCAUUGAUGCAGUCCAGCGAGUCGUCGUUAGAAUGUGACCGGGAAUCUAUACUGUCUGAUAGCGAUGAUGCCAGCUAUUGAAGCGCUCUGGUUGACCACCCAGCUUCACACUGACUUCGGGUAGAUCCGUCGGCUUUCUUUCCAAUCGUUGGAGUUCAUAUUUGUUGAUUUUCUAAGUCUAACAUUUCGUU